AUGACUUCUUGGGAUGUAGCCGCUUUAACAGCCCAUUUGGGUGACUACAAUAUACGCACCGAUUUUGAGGUAAAACACGUAACACGACGCAUUAAACGAUUAGUAAGACACAAAGGUUUUGAUUUCAGUACAUUGCACAACGAUAUAGCGAUUUUAACUUUAAGUGAACCCGUGCAAUUUACUAAAGAAAUUCAACCCAUUUGCUUGCCCACAUCUUCGACACAACAAAGUCGCAGUUAUAGUGGUCAUAUCGCUACCGUUGCUGGUUGGGGUAGUUUAAGAGAGAAUGGACCACAACCAUCAAUAUUGCAAAAAGUUCAAAUACCCAUAUGGACUAAUACAGAAUGUGCCCAGAAAUAUGGUCGAGCAGCACCGGCUGGUAUAAUAGAAUCUAUGAUAUGUGCUGGUCAGGCGGCCAAGGAUUCAUGUAGUGGCGACUCUGGUGGUCCUUUGAUUGUUAAUGAUGCCACACGUUAUAUUCAAGUGGGCAUUGUUUCUUGGGGCAUUGGUUGCGGUAAGGGUCAAUAUCCUGGGGUUUAUACUAGAGUUACUUCACUCUUACCUUGGAUUUAUAAAAAUAUUAAGUAAAUACAACGAUAUAUUCAAUAAAAUAAAUGAUUUUUUUAUAUGUGUAAAAUAGUGAAUUUUUAUAUCGGUUAAGAAAUAAAAAAAUAUAAUGAUUUGAAAUAAUCUAUAUAUAAAAUAAGGGGUGAUAAUGCAAAUAAUUUGUGUAGAAAAUAAAUUUAUUUUAAAAAGUAU